AUGGCUAAAAAGGAUAAAAAGUCCAAAGAAGCCAAAAAGGCUCGUGCUGCAGAAAAGCAAAAGAAAAAUUUGUCCAAAGCUGAAAUCAAAAACAAGAAAUUGACCAAGAAGCAAGGCGAUGAAGAAGAGGAAGAUGAGGACAUUGAUACUAUAUUAGCCAACUAUGCCAAAGAACAAGAGGAAUUUACUGAUGUUAAAGUAGAAGUAUGCAAACACCAUCCACAUAAGAGAUUGAAUCCAACUAUGGUUGCUUCUCCUUUACACAAUAAACGAGAAAUUAUUUUAUUUGGUGGUGAGUCAAGCGAUGGGAAAACAUCCCAUUUUCACAAUGACUUGUUUACUUAUUCAAUUGAUAAUGAUACUUGGAGGAAAUUCAUUUCUAAAAAUACACCAUUACCUCGAUCUUCACAUGCUAUGUGUGCUCAUCCAUCAGGCAUUAUUUUAAUGUUUGGUGGUGAGUUCUCUUCCCCAAAGCAAUCAACUUUUUAUCAUUAUGGAGAUACAUGGAUUUUGGAUGCAGACAAUAAGGAAUGGCAAAAGAUUGAUACCAAAAAGGGGCCAUCUGCUAGAUCUGGUCAUCGAUUGGCUGUAUGGAAAAAUUUCAUUAUUCUUCAUGGUGGAUUCCGUGAUUUGGGUACAAUGACAACAUAUCUCAAUGAUGUUUGGGUAUUUGAUGUGACUGAAUUCAAGUGGCAGCAGGUGGAGUUUCCACCAAAUCAUCCAAUCCCUGAUUCUAGAUCAGGUCAUUCAUUCAUACCCUGUGCUGAUGGUGCUGUAUUAUACGGAGGAUACACUAAAGUCAAAGCUGGCAAAGGCUUGCAAAAGGGUAAAGUGUUGAGUGAUUGUUGGGUUUUGAAAAUGAAGAGUGAUCCAAAGGGAAUUAGAUUUGAACGAAGAAAGAAACAGGGUGUAUUACCACUGUCUCGAGUUGGAUGUUCAUUAGUCUAUCAUAAGAAUAGAGGUAUUUUAUUUGGCGGAGUUUACGAUUACGACGAAAGUGAAGAACAAUUGGAUUCUGAGUUUUUCAAUCAAUUGUACAGUUAUCAAAUUGACAGUAAUAGAUGGUAUAAUUUGAGUUUAAGACCACAGAGGAAAAAGAAGGAGGCUAUAAAGGAGAAAUCAAGAGACGAGGAUUUGGAGGAUAUUUUGAAUUCCAUCUUGGCUAAAUCGAACUUGAAUGAUGAUGAUGAUGAAGAUGGAGAUGUUGCACAGUUGGAUAAAAUGAAAGAUGCCGAGGAGAAAGAGGAAGAAGAAGAAAAGAAGGAUGUUGUUGAUUACCCAGUAAUGAACCAAUUACCGCAUCCACGUUUCAAUGCGACGACUUGUGUUGUUGAUGAUGUGUUUUACAUCUUUGGUGGUAUUUAUGAGCGUGGUGAACAAGAAUUUAGUCUCGAUUCAUUUUAUGCCAUUGACUUGGGAAAAUUGGAUGGAGUUAAAGUGUUCUGGGAAGAUUUAUCCGAAUUAGAAAAAGCAGUUGAGGAAUCAGAAGAUGAGGAUGAAGACGAUGACUUUGAAUAUGAAGAUGACGAAAUUGAUGAAGCCAAGGGUGCUGAUGAAGAAGAUGAUGACCAAGUUGAGGAAGUAGAGGAGGAAGAGGAAUCAUCUUCAGAAGAAGAAGAGGAAUUCCCCGAUCCAAGACCAUGGUUACCUCACCCCAAACCAUUUGAAUCCUUACGUGCGUUUUAUGUUAGAUCAGGGGCUGCAUUUUUAGAAUGGUCUAUAUCAAGUCAUCGAGAAGCUCGUGGUAAGUAUUUGAAAAAGAUUGCAUUUGAGCUAUGUGAAGAUAGGUAUUGGGAGAGGAGACAAGCUGUUUCUGUUGCCGAAGACAAUUUGGAGGAAAUGGGUGGUGUUGGUGAAGUCAUUGAAAAGGAUACUACAAAAACCACAAAGAGAAGGUGA